AUGGAAUCAGAUUCUGCUAGCAAAAUCUCAAAGGCAUCAGUUAGCCUUAAUUUGAAUGAUCAAACGAACUCAAGAAGAAGAAAGCAGCCCAAGUGGUUCAUUACUUUAAUCAUCUUUUUCAUUCUCAUCAUCGUCGCCGUUAUCUCUGUUUUAACAAUGAUUAAGCGAGAUUACGAAUCUGAAUUACCUGCCAAUAACCCAGAAAAGAAAGUCAGUUACUCACUCAAAUCGUCCGAUUCCUCUACUGAUCAGUCAACUGUAAGUCACUGCAACUAUCUGUAUUUCAACAAAUCACUGAGUCAAUUGAACAGUUAUUUGGCGAUCGAUGAAGAGAAAAACAUGACUAUGAGAUCUGAAAUGCUUGAUUGGCUCCAAACUGAAAGGCCCAAAAUUGCGAGAUGUUUGUAUUCGUUGGAGUUAGACAAGGGAUUGGACACAGAAAACGCGAACAAUUGCUUAAUGAUUCUGGUGAAUAUGAACAGCAUCUCUGAGAUGCUUAAUCCAUCGAUUAACUUUUUCACUUUAGAUCCAUUUCGAAGCUCGGGGAGAAGUACCGUCACUUUACUUUUCUCGGAUAGAGAAUUCGUGGAUACAGUUUCUUUUCCAGAAAACCUCUCAAAUCCCAAUUGCAUUUCUAUGGAAUCAAUCAACUUAGUAAAAGGCUAUGGCAAAGUUAACCCUUCUGAAGAUCCAUCUUCUUUCCCCAAUCCCAGAGCCGCCCACAAGCGCCGUCUCACCAUCGCCCUCUCUCUCACCCUCUUCCUAACUUUACUCAUCUGCGCAUUCGUCGGCGCGUUUAUCCACGCGUCUAAUUCCGACGACCACACACCAUCUCCUUUAUCCAAUUCAGCCGAUUCGCUCAAAAUCGUCUGCGCAGUGACUCAGCAUCCCGGGUCAUGCUUUGACUCCAUAUCUUCCCUCAACAGCACCUCACCAAAACCCGACCCGGAACAAUUCCUGAAUCUCUCUCUUCAGGCGACGGUGAGAGAGUUAACAAACAUCUCUUCGUUGCCAAAGACACUGAUAUCGAAGAUCAAUCACCCAGGAACCGUGUCGGCGUUGAAGGACUGCAUCAGUUUGUUCGAUGACGCGCUGAGUCAACUCAACCAAUCGGCGGAGUUGCUGAAUGUGGGUACCGGAGAGAGUACAUUAACGGUGAUGAAGGUGAAGAACAUGCAGACAUGGGUAAGUGCUGCGAUGACUGAUCAGGACACGUGUCUAGAAGGACUGGAUGAAAUGGGAUCACCGUUGCUUGGAGAAGUGAAAGCGCGGGUGCAGAAAGCUAAGGAGUACAUGAGUAACACCUUAGCAAUUCUCAGUAAUAUGCCUAACCUUCUUAAAAAAUUUGGUAUCUCUAUGCAUUGA